UAGUCAGUAGAGUUCAAUUCUGUACCGUGACGUGGCAAUAUAACAAUACUUCCUCGGGCAGACCACCAAACCAAACACAGAGCGCAGAUACCCUCACCAAAGCGCAUUAGAAUCUCAUAGCUCGAGAUGAGCGCUUCGUAUCUUCAACAACUUUGCAUACUUCAAUUGGUCUGGUGCCUUGGAUGCUGGAAAGCGACAGAGGCUAGUCCAUACAAAGAGUGUGAACAUGGAAUUGCUUUCAGAAGGGGUUCUGGGAUCCAGACUGAUGUUGGUGAUAUGAUGGGGAGAGAUCAGAAUGAGGAGCAAGUUCAGAAUGUUUUCAAAAGAUUCCUGUUUCACUAUUCAAAGGCCAACUCGGUAGACUCUGUACAGCAUGCGUCUCAUUCAGUGCACCCGCUGAUGCGCCUGUCACCCAAACUGUCUCAAAGGAGAAAGAAGCAGCUCAUGCUUUUGAGGUUGAAGACCAGUCUUUCUGUGGCCAGUCCGCAAGGCUCAAUCAAGAAGCACUCUGAUGUGAUGUAAAAAUCUGACUUUGGAAUAACUGGACAGAAGACAUCAGCAUACUGCAACCCCCCUGAACAUGGAGCAAAAUGGCAGACUGAGGGACAGACAGAAGCAGCAUCCUCAGUGUUCUCUGGCAAUGGACUUGAUAUUUUUGAGAAAUAAAUUGCAGAUUGUGAAGUGUC